AUUCAUCUGUCGUUGUUCUUUUGACAUUCGAAGCUGUCUCAUCUGAUCUUUGCGCCCGCGAAAAGUUAGGCGUCAAAGUUUUUAGUACUUUUGCUGCAAAUUUCUCGGCCUCCGUUAGGCAGCCUUUCUGAACUUCCCCUUGAGAGAGGUCUUAGUUUUGCGUAGCAUUCAUGUUGCGCGGCUGCCACAGAGGCGCCGCUACUUUGCAGCUCCGCUGGGUUGGGGGGUCGGUCCAACUCGAAGCCGCUCUGCGCUUGUCGAGCCCACGGCGAUUUUGGACAGAGGGAGGACGGACGUGUCGGCCGCUCUCGGUGCGGAGCCUGGCUCGGCACCCAUUGAUAGGAAGGCUGAAGAAGAGCCUAGGCGUUCGGGCGAAGCCAGUGGCGGUUCCGACGCAGCAGGAAUUUGAAAGUAUGAGCGACAGAGAGCGGUAUUUGUGGGCGCUGAAAUUGGAGAAGGUCCCGUAUCCACAGGACCCACAAAGAACCGUGGGGCAAGUGCUGCUGCAGGAGUUGAUUUCUCGCGACCACAUGCAAGCGAAGUACACCUACGCGACGUUGAUUAUGACGAAGGAGUUGGAGGGGGAUCCGAGGUACGCGCUUCGUUUGUGGGCUGAAUGCUCUGCGCGAGGCCACUCUUGGGCCAAGGCCAAUUUGGCGAAGGUUUUGGCGGACGGUCAAUUGAUUCAAAAAGAUGUCGAGGGCGCAAUUCGGUUGUAUACGGAGGCGUGGCACGCUGCACCCUUGUUGGCGCCGAACCACGCAUUUACGGCUGCUUAUAAUUUGUAUAGUCUGUACAAGCAGAAAGGGGAUGUGAAAAGGGCCGCGAAGUGGCUGAAGAUAUCGGCGGACCAGGCGGGAGAUUCCUUGGGUCAAUAUCACCUCGGUCUGGCCUAUUCGACGGGGAUUUUGGGCAUGGAAGUCGACCCCAUGAGGGCCGUUGAGUACACGAGGAAGUCUGCCGACCAGGGUCUGGUGGUGGCUCAGCACAACGUGGCCUGCUUGUAUUUGGACGGACAGGGUGGAAAGACGACGGAUUACCCGGCGGCGGCCUAUUAUUUUACGCUGGCGCACACACGCGAGACAGAUUGGUCGACUUUGAAUUUGGCGAUUAUGUAUGCGACUGGAAAGGGUGUUCCACGGAGCGAGGUGACGUGCGUGGAACUGCUGAGAGAAGUGGAGUGCUUUGGCAAUCACUCGCAGAAGAAGGCGGUUGUUGAAGUUUACGAGAAGCAUCAAUACGAUCAGAUAUGGCACCGGGGCGUUUUGGAAUGAGGUGGCGCGGCUGGGCGGAGACGCGUGCGUGGGAGGACUGGUGAAGGGCGUUGCGAUUUUUUUACUGAACAGGUUUUUUUUUAUUGAAUUUUUUUAAGACGAUGGCUGCCUGAUCUUGGACACACUCCAUUAUGGCCGAGAUAGGAGCGGACGCAUGUCCGUGCUGGAUGGACAGGAAUGCGGUGCACAGGUGAACCAGCUGAUUGAGAAGUGCGUCGAACGUGGGGUGUUUUUGCGGAAGGACUCUGCUUAUUUGGACUUUGGCCAAUUGGACCAGCAGUUGGUGAUUGGGGUGUUUGGAGCGGGGUGAGGACCGGGGUUCUGUAUGAGUUGGAGGGACGCUGUGGGAAGAGGACGCCGAGCGCAGCCUCCUGGAUAGCUGACGUCUUAGUGCAAUAGAGGUGGUGUCCGUGCGUUUCUCCGCGGAGUCGUGGCCGAGGGCACGCGGCAGCCGGGAUGGUUCGUCGUAGUUGGGUUGGCGAUCGGGUGCUGAGACGGAGAGCCUAGAGACGAGGCGGUCGAUUUUGUGGCCGACGCGUUGGGCCAUUGUGGAGUUGUACGCUGUUGACGACAGUGGCUCCGCGAGCGAGAGGGCGGUGGGGGCGCGGACGGGAUGCAAGUCAGGGAAUACAAAGAGCGUUUUUUUCGCCAAUUGCUGUAUAUCGUCGAAGACUCGUUUGAAGACGUCUUCUUGACAGGGGUUUUUUUGUUCGAUUGCAGACGUCGCCAGGCAAUGAGCGUACUCCGAGCUGUAGGUUUCAAGAAAGGCUAGGGUUUGGUGUUUGCACUGGAGAAGGGGCCAUAUGCCUUGGAUGUAGAGUUGUCGGUCAUCGGAGACGUAGCAUAUGGCGUAGGAGGUGGUUUCUUCUGAAGGGGAGUGCUGGUGCGCGUUGGCGUUUUUAGCGGUUUCGCGCCAGUGAGUCAGAUUUUUUUUUUCUUUUGGCCUUUGGCAGAAUUGAAGAAUUAGCGCCGACGAAGGCGCCUGCGUUUUCCAAGCGGUCACAAAUGAAUGGAUUGCUUCGUCUGAGCUAGAGUAUUGCAGCCGAUAGAUCGAGGGCUUGAGGGAGUAGUAGGGCAGCACUUGGUUUAUAUUUACUUCCUGAACCAGAUGAAGGUCGGACAUGGUGGCGAUGUUGGCAUCGAGAAGGCUCUCUUGGUUUUGACAACAGAUUCUCAAACCGUUUAGACGGAACGGUUUUUCGCGUUGAGGGAGGACGAGCUUUGUCGAUUUGCCGUCGACCUUUUCUGGUUCCACGACGAUCGAUCCGGACCACACCCAACUCCAGUCUCUCAGAAUGGGCGCGUUGUCCGCGCGCUCGAGUAGUUCUGCUCUGAACGCGCUGACGAGAGGUGCUAGAAAUGAGAAGCCCGGCUCUGCGGAGAGGGCGUACGACAAGUCGUUCGUCGGCUCGAGCGCCGAGGAAUUCACAUGGUUAGCAACGCGAUGCACGUAAGGGCCUCUGGCCGGAGCAGACGAGCGGCGUAGAGUCGCGCGAGCUUUGGCCUUGAGUGGUCUCUUGUCUCUCGUGCCAUCUGUGGCGCGUGGGGGGCCGGAGCGCGAGGCCUUUUUGCACCCCGAGCGGGCGGCGGUAGUUCAGGACGUACCGUGGCUGGGCGAUGGUUCGGCGACGUCAGAACAACAUUUUUGGACGAUUAUCUUUAUAUCGGCGGAGUGCAUGAUUAGUGAGCGCCGCAGAGAAUCGUAGAGAUUCAAGUCCAGGCUUGCGAGGAGGUCCGGCGGAGGCGAGGAGGAAGAAUGGACGGCCCACACGAUUUCCAAGAGGUCACCGGCCAGCAUUUGGUCUAAGAGAGAGUGGAGGUGGCGUGGAGACGACGGGGGGCACCUCCUCGGUGCCCAAGGCGGCAGAGGUCCAGCGGAGGAGCUGAUGAAGGGCGGGGGAGGCGGGCAACUCGAGGUCGAUCCAAGAAUCGCAAAAAGAAAAAAGCUGCGCCUGAUGCCAGAGCAGGAGCGCGAUGGAGAGGCGAGGGAGGCAAGAGGCGAGGAGCGCGUCGAUUUCAGAUUGAAGGGCGUGAAAGAGUCCCUGCAGGGCCUCUGGGCCGCGGCAACGAGAAGUGGAGUAAUAGAGAAGAACUAUGCGACGACGCGGGGAAACGACCAUGGGGGAUCAAAAAAGGAGAGACGUGACAGAAGGCGCAAAUGAAAAAAA